UGUUCGUUGGUUGCUCUUAAAUCUUUCUUUUUUAAUUUUCAUCCGAAGGCGGGGUUUCUCAACGACGCGGGUGAAUCCGUAAACACAGUCCUCUCGCUCGGAGACCUCUGCAACUCUCCGGAGCUGUUCAUCCCCGGCGCCAUUCUCACCUUCACCCUCCAAUUCUCAACCAAAAUACCCCAUCAAAUGCAUACCUAGACAUCGCUAUUCGCAGUCCAUCCAUGGGAUAUCCGCUGCCCACCCUUCUCCCAAUUCCUUCCUUCUCCUUUCACAGUCUCUCCUUUUCCUACUGCAUCUUCCCGAAGCCCUUUUCUGUACUCUCAGCCCCUCGUCUCCCUCGCUCUCCCAGGUCAAGGGCGCCUUCUCUGCGUGCCGUAGCUCAAUCCUCUUCCCCCGAAUCCACGCCUUCUAAUUGCCACAUCGUUUCGACCACCUAUUGUUCCGAUGGCAGUGUUUUGUUCCGGUUCGGACAUGCGAGCGAGGUUUCUGGCUUUGUUAAAUCGGAAGAAUCAAUGCUUGCCUGUGGUGGUUUGGUGAGUAAAGAUGCCGGACAAAUUGACGCCGAGGAGGUUUUGAAUGGAGGUCGUGUAACAGAGAUUUUGGUUGAGGAGUUUGAAGGUACGUCGAAAGAGGAGGACAGAUCUCGUUUAGAAAGAAAACAGAGAAGUGGGUCAAAUCAAGUGAAGGCUAACAUUGUCAAUGAGAUUGCUGAAUGCGAGGGAGACAGUGCUGUUUUUGACAGCAUAAAUAGUGUUGCAAAGGCAGGAAGUGAUUUUAUAUUUGACACCAAUCAAAUUUCGGUACAAGAUUCUCACGAAUUAGAAAUGCCUGCUGCUGGUGUGCCCGACAAUGAUUUGCAUAGCCGGAGUAAUUCUUUGGGCUCUGUUGAUGGUCUAGAAUCCAGUGUACAUUCUGAAAUUUUGAGUCAGGAUCCUGUGUCUGAGCUUGAUAGUGUGUUUAAUGUAGAUCAAACGGCUGAUUCUGGUGUGAAGUCUGCAGGAAAUAAUAAGAGUGAAAUUAAUACGCAGACUGUUGCCUUAGGAUCGGAAAAUUUUGAAGAUGAGAGUGAGUAUGAAUCUACGGCUGCAUUAAGGUCUUUGGAGUGUGGCUCCACUAUUGAAGCACCCAUUAGUCAUGCCUUUCAUAAAUGUGAUGAUGGGAAUAUUGAGGUUAAAGAUACACAUCUAUCUGCAACUGCUGAGUAUGGCAGUGCACAUGGAGAUAUGAGGAACGUGAAUGAUAAUAACAGCGGUGAUGUGAUUGAAGUAGAGACGGUAACACUUCCGUUAGACUUGGAACCAAUUCUUGACGAAGAAACAAGUAACGACAUUGUGGAAGAAUGUCUGGGCACAAUUGGAAUUGAAAGGUCAAUAAUGGCAAAAAGAACUGAAGAAGAGGCACAAAGAAUUCAUAAAGCAGAAGUAUCAUUUCCCAAAUUAGUAGAGUUGGAAUUGUCUGAAGAUGCUUUGAAUGGGGACAAAACCUCUGCAGCAGAUCUUUCCCUAUCAUCAGAUUCUGCUUCAUUGCCACAUCCCUUGAAGGCAUUGACUGGUGGAGAGGAGGCAUGUUUUGUUGCUUGCCAGAGCUGGUUAGGUGUGGCUGAUGGAGUUGGUCAAUGGUCCUUAGAAGGGAUUAAUGCUGGACCCUAUGCUCGUGAACUCAUGGAGAAUUGUGAAAAGAUUGUAUCGAACUGCAAUAAUAUUGCAAUUGCUGACUUGAAAGAAGUUCUAUGUCAAAGUGCUGCAACAGCUCAAAUCCCUGGAUCAUCAACAGUUUUGAUUGCUUACUUUGAUGGUCAGGCUCUACAUGUGGCCAGUAUAGGGGACUUGGGGCUUAUCAUAAUAAGAAAUGGUGAUGUAUUUAGAAGAUCUUCUACAAUGCUUCAUGAAUUCAGUUUUUCACUACGGAUUGAAAGAGGGGACGACCCCUCUGGUCUUGUGGAGAAAUACGAAUUUGAUUUGGAUGAGGGAGAUGUGAUUGUUGCUGCAACUGAUGGCCUCUUCGACAACCUGUAUGAUCAAGAAAUAGUUUCAAUCAUUGCCAAGUCAUUACAAUCUGGUUUGAAACCUAAGCAAAUAGCAGAAUUAUUGGCCAUGAGAGCACAAGAGGUGGGGAAGUCUACAUCUGCAAGGAGUCCAUUUGCUGAUGCAGCCCAGGCAGCAGGUUACAUUGGAUAUACUGGUGGCAGGCUUGAUGAUGUUACUGUUGUUGUGGCUUUGGUUGUUAAGAAGUCUAGCUCAGAAACGGGGUAAUUUAUGAUUGGGAAUUAUUUGUAUUAUGGUUACUUUGGGUUGCACCUUAAGCCCAAUGAUUCGGACAGCCUACGGAUUGAUUUCAAUCAUAGUUUGAGGUCACAGAGUUGAGUGAGGCUUGUGCAGCUUUCAUGCUUUUAAUUUAUAUUGAGGGGCAGAGCUGACUCGCUUCUAAUCUUGGUUUAGUCUGAUUUAGUUUGGUUCAAAUUGCGUCAUUCAUCUCAAUGUUAUUUCAUGUCAUUUUUCAGAUCAGCCUGGUAAUGGGUGUCUCAGCGUCGGUCAAACUCGGUUAGGUUGGCUUGUUUGGUCCGUCAUGCUUUGUUCUCUUAUAUCUUCAUUUGUAUUACUAUUGUGAGUUGUAAAUAUUGUUAGUUUAGAAUUCCUCCUGUGUGUGUGUGUGUGAUGCAGUGUGGUUUGGUUUAAUGGACUACGCAAUUCAGGUUAAAUUGACAACUUAAUAUCUCAUAUUUA